AUGGCAGCGCCUGCUGCCUCGUUUCCUUCAGGUCUGUCUAACCCUAUUUCGGCAGAAAGUGAGGAGGAGACGGUAGUAAAAUUUGAUAACGAAGAUAUACAAGAAGGAGUAGAGAAGUGUUCGAAAAGUCUGGUUGGCAAAUUGUUGGCGGACAGAGGGUUUAGUUCUGGAACUCUGGAAGCAGCUCUUACAGCCAUCUGGAGACAACCAGAUGGAUUUAAAGUUUUGAACCAUGAAGACAAUGUUUUUCAAUUCUUCUUUGAUAAAGAGAUAGAUUUGAUUAGAGUCGAAAAGGGAGCACCUUGGCUAUUUAAGAAUUAUAUUUUGAACCUGAGAAGAUGGGAGGAAGACAUGCAGAUAAAGGAAGAAGAGUUCGUUUACGUCCCUAUCUGGGUAUAA